GUUUCAACAGUGCUUCCAUAAUGAUCAACAUAAUUGAUCGUGCCAUCAGUUAUAAACGACCAGAUUCCAAAUCAGCUAAUAGUUUUCCUUUUUGAGGACUACUCGAAGUCCACCUUCAACCAUUGCAUGAUACGCUUCACUUUCCUCAGUAAUUAAUUUGCCAUCACUAGUGAUCCACACCUCCUCCUCGAGAGUGGGUGCUUGUACAGUCUCAUGAGAAUGAGUGAUGCCUAUGUAUCUUUCCUUAUUUUUUCCCCCACGGUCCUCUAGCCAACCGAGUUCCGGUCAAUGUCAUACGUCCUAAAUUUGGUACCGAGCCACUGUUGAGUCGUUUACAUCGAAGAUUCGGAUGCUGCGGCCACGAUAAACAGCCUAAGGCAUCAAGAUACGGAUACUCUCAGAUCCCACCUUUCUCGUACCACGCUGCUGAUUCGCCGGGGGAAGCCGCUCCUUCCCGUGGCCUUCAGCACGGUCGCUUUGCCUCGCGAUGCCUAAUCAAUUAUUCAUGCCCACACUUGGACCCUACCGCGGAUGCGCGCCAUACUCCGUCUUGAAUCCACAGGUGUCAACGUCGCAAAAAGACGCUGUUCCGUUGGCUUGGACCUCCGUUCAUCUUAAACCAGUAACGAGCUGUUCGGUGGCAUUCGGUGGCAGACCGAGAAUACGCCAUGAGGCGAGACAACGGUCGAGACUAUUUGAUUUUAGUUGACAGUUUAGUAUCAUGAUAUGCUGUUGGUGUGGAGUCGCUAUGGACCUGUCACCGAGCGUCCAGACUCGACGCUCUCGAAGGUCGCCUCCCGUUUCUGAAGUGAUAUUCUGAAUCGAUAUGUGUGCGACGGAUUAACCGCGCUGUUGAAGAAUCAUGAUCGUCAACGGCGAGGUCACUCUAGCUCGUACACCGUACUUUGUGGGGUUGAACCAAGUUGAGUCGCAAUUUCUUACCUGUCAGAUUGAGAGAAUGAUCAGAGCCGUUGAGGUUGGUUUUGGUUUUGGUUUUCUUUUUUCCACUGUACUCCGUUUUGCUUUUUCUUCUCUUUGUGCUUACUGAACACAUCACAAAAUAUUUUCUUGGUUUGUUGUCUGUGCGACAACGGUUUCUGCGGUGGCAAGACAGGGGUUCACUGCAAGCCCUCGAGAGAUGAUGGCUAUCUGCUUACGUCGUUAAGUCCGUUGGCUGUUGCAACGUCGUGAUUGUCAUUGUUGAUUAACUUCCGGCCUUCAAGCACUCUGUAAUUUCGGGGUACUCUUCGGCCUCUGCGAUGGAGCAGCGUGGGGUGCAGUGGCAAGCACUAACGGAGUAGUGGUGGUUUAACGCUCCUCCGUUGUCUUCUCGAAGGUCACCAAUUUCCUUCCAUGCAUGAUUUAAAAUUACAUGGACGGAGACUCUAACCGGAGUCGGUAUAACAAGUUAACAACACCUCGUCUAGAUGGGGCUUUCAGAAUUAAUGAAUAUGCCACCAUGUUCUUAGGGUGCUCUAGACGACCUGCUACUGUACGGACGUUAGUAGCAUCGUACGCUAUAUACUAAACCUGCGGAGAUGGUUUUAUCGCGCAGUCCCCUAAGGGUUUAGUGACGUUGCGGCAGUCUCCGUUUCCAACCAUCGGAAUAUCAGGGGACUCCUUAACACCGACUUCUGCCAUCCAAUCGCCCACCUUGGACAAAAGGAUAAAAGUGGCGCCGGGGUUAGGGGGGUUGCAACCAAUGAUCCAUCCCGGAUGGAUUCUAUCUUUAGAUGGAACCAAUAGUGGCCCGGCAAACCCCUCUCUCCCCCCAAACUUUAUCACAUCCAUAUGAAUGCCUAAUAAAAGAAUAAAUUGAAAUUCAUCCAUGAGCGAGAGAUUCACACGAAGUUUCGGGAAGGAAAGUCCCGAAGGGAAGGCUUGGGUGUUACCAUGGCAAGUAAUUUAGCCUUUCACCAGACGGCUGUUUGUUGUUACACGGCGGUCUGGCUCUUGGGGCUUGCGUGUUUCCCGAGGGAAGAAAUCACUGGCUAAGAAAAGCUUUGAUCUAAUUCGGGCUCUUGGCUUGCAUUUGACAGCUCUGACCGUGUCCCUUGCUUGUGGCGCAGCCUGCCAGUGUUAUCUGUAAAUCUGGUUCAUCGCGUUUGUUUCGGAUUUCAUGGAUCGACUACUUGCUUGUUUUUUGUGUUUGGGACUUUGCAUGAAGGGUAAGUAAGGAUGGGGGUCAUAGUUUGUGGGUGAAUGCGCAAUAUCGGUCUGCAGGUGUUAUGUAAGAAGUGACUCGGGCAAACAGGUCCCAGAUGAAUUGGACGAUUCAGUUCGCGCCACUAGUACCUGUCGGGUUGACUGAUGCCAAUCAAAUGCAGUCGAAGUGACCAGGAUGAGGGUCAACAGCGAACCAUUGUACUCUUUUCCAAUAGAUCAACCAAUUUUUAUUACCACAUAAUUCUAUUUUGACAGCUCGGAUGGUGUAACCUGAGUUGACGGCAACAUCCAAGCGUCACUUUUGAGCCCGAUCAAAGCAAGGGUUGAAAUCUUUUAGUAGAUGCUGAGUCGCGCCAGGGCUGCAGGCUGCAUUCUCCGCACUUGUUCCUGCAGUAGGCUUAGGUGAAGCUGAUCAAUCAUGUAUCCAGUAGCCGUUGAACAGGUCGAAUCGCAAAUGUGAGCAGCUCUUUGUUCUGAAUGGUUAAGGUUAUAGUGCUUGCGCUAUGGGUUGGUGGCUCAACUCUCAUUUUUAAGGCGAGUGAGUCCAAUGGUACUGGGAUCCAGUACCCCGGUUGAAUUACCCUGUUCCGUACAUGACAUGUAAGAGAGAGGGCUCAAUAUGACUACGUGCCUUAUGCAGGUCAGCAUCUCAUGAGAAGUUGCCUAACUGGAUCGUCCUAUGUAAGCGAAGUCAAAGCGUUUCGUUCCUCGGCAUCAGUACUUUGUUGGGAGAGACUCGAAGGGGAGAUGGCGGUAUGAAGAUGUUCUCCUCCGGAGUCAGUAGGGCAACAUGACUCCAAUCUGACUAAGUUCAUAUUGUCCGUCGAGACACCCACACACGCGCUCUCAUGUAAGGUACAGGUUGUAGCACACCACCAUGCCACUAUUUGAUACCUAGUAGUGGGGCUCAGUCAAGACCGUUUCACCAUUGGUUUUGGUAGAACAUAGUCUCUCUUCUCGAAGUUUGCUACGAGUUCAUACUCUGAAUGAUACCACUGAGAAGCCUCACUCGGCGGACUGGUGUGUUGGUGACGUGAUUUGGAAACGUUCCCAUUCAUCGCGGGCCCAAACUUCUUUUGCGACCGAUAUUCGGAUUGACACUAUUCCGUCAUUUGACAACCAAAUACUACAUCUUCGUUACCCGCACACGCAGAUCUUAACUGGAAAUAUGUAAUUGACGGAACAAAAGAGAAAGAUGAAGAGAAAGAGGGAAAAAAAAGCAAAGUGAUGUUCAUUAUUCCUUUCUUUUUUCAAUCAUCGUCCUGUCGCCUUUGGGGUCAAAUCCCCCAAAUGGCGGACGGGACGAUGCUCAGCGGGGCCGGCUAGGCUAGCCGGCGAGUCAAUCCUCCCAUUCACGCGCAGAGUUCAUUGGCCCUCAAUGCAGCUUCGGUGUACCCAGUCUUGCAGCCAACUUGCGCAGUGGGAGAAAUGUCACCCAUUAUCUGGCCUAUCAGUGACCCUCAGCCCAUGGGAUGGCGAGGUCGGAUGUUCUUUACCCAUUUUUUCCCUUUUCUUCCCUGGUGAGGGUCCCACCACCCUGCUUCCUCUCCUACGAGGCCGCCACCCCACUUUCAAUUUACUUUUGCUAAUGGCCACUGGCUCGAUUUUGGACUCGCCCUCCCAUGUUUGUGGGACAGUCAAGCCGCUGAUAAGCCAGAUAGGCAAAGACUUGAGGACGCAAGUCGGUUUCCCAUUGGUAACGAGACUACCGAUAUGUAUGGCACAUCACCGUAUCACUGUCCAUCAAUCACUGGUCGUCCCCCAGACUCAGAUUAUCAUUGAUCGAUGGGAGGGAUACGUUGAUGUCUUAGAUAUGCGCGCGCGCGAACACAUUGUCUUGAUCUUUGCAGUCUGACUGGAUUCAGAGUCAUGAACGUGACUUCAGCUCUCGGGCAAUCAAAUGUUCAAACUCCUAUUUUCAGGAAGGCAAAUCAUACUUCAGGUUUACUUUUCAGCCCAGGUCUCGGAUAACAGUGGCAAUUCACACACAACACACAAUCAAUCAGCUCGAUGGUAGGACUGGACAGUAGGAUUAGGGCAUCAGUCCAAGGAUUAUUACCGAUGAUACCUAAAUAAUUUAAUAAAACAUCACAUAGAUUAGUAUAUUUUUUUUUAUUUGUUUUUCAUAGGACGGACGACCAACAACCUUUGUUAUUAUCUUACUACAUGAGACAUCAUACUCAACACCAAAUCACAGGAAUAAUUCCCCAGUCGGCAUCCAUCCAUCAUACUAUAUUAUGUCAAUGCGGUAUUUGACCACGAGUGAGGUUUUCUCUUUUACUCCCCAUCCCCAUUUUUGUUCUCUUUCCCUUUUUAAAUGGUAUAGAACAAUCUCCGCAUUUUUUUGUUCUCGUUACGAAGUACUAUUACCAGAACUAUCAAAGUGUGGUAUACUAAGUUGGCAAGAACCAAAACUUCCCAAGGUAAGGUACUAUGUUGUAUGUAACAAAAUGGGGGUGUGGCCACUUUCGCUCUCUUUUUUU